CCGUCUUUGGCAGCCUGCUGUGAGGGCGCAGAAAAGCGAAACCUCGAAACAUGUCGGUCCUUCCGUGACUGCACGUUGUGUUUUCCAUAUUUCCAGCAUGACAGUGCGCGCUAUAACGCUCUGAUUGUGUAACUCUGUAGCCACUGCUCGACACAGCGCAUUACGGGAGAUGGAAACUCUGAUUCCCAUCAUUAACAGGCUGCAGGAGGUUUUCCUCACACUUGGAGCCGAGAUCAUCCAGCUUCCACAGAUCGUAGUCGUGGGGUCACAGAGCAGUGGAAAGAGUUCAGUACUGGAGAGUUUGGUUGGACGAGACUUUCUGCCCCGAGGUUCAGGAAUAGUGACUCGGCGCCCUCUAGUGCUACAGCUGGUGAACGUGCCUCCGCUGGAGGAGAGGCGGAAACAAGACAAUGGAAAAGGAGCUAAACAAAACACCCAAAACAAUUUUCCAGGUAUCAAAGCAGAGGAAUGGGGCACCUUCCUUCACUGCAAAAACCAGAUUUUCACAGAUUUCAGUGAAAUCCGGAAAGAGAUCGCGGAGGAAACAGAUCGAAGUACCAAUAAUAAGGGCAUCAGUCCUGAGCCCAUUUACCUGAAGAUCUAUUCCCCUAACGUACUUAGUCUGACAUUAGUUGACUUGCCUGGCAUCACUAAGGUCCCGGUUGGUGACCAGCCUGAAGAUAUCGAGACUCAAGUCCAAGAGAUGAUUCUGUCUUACAUCUCCAACCCCAACUCCCUCAUCCUGUGUGUUUCUCCUGCAAACUCUGACCUCGCCACAUCGGAUGCCCUUAAACUGGCACGAGAGGUGGAUCCAGAUGGUCGCAGGACGCUGCUGGUGGUGAGUAAGCUGGAUUUGAUGGACGCGGGGACAGAUGCUCUGGAGGUGCUGCUGGGCCGGGUCAUUCCCGUGAGACUGGGCAUUAUUGGUGUGGUUAACAGGAGCCAACAUGACUUGAACACCCAAAAGAGUCUCGACGACUCCUGCAAAGAUGAGCAGGUGUUCCUGCAGCGGCAUUACCCAUCAUUAGCCUCCCGCUGCGGCUCCCGCUACCUGGCUCGCACCCUGAGCCGACUGCUCAUGCAUCACAUCAGAGACUGUCUCCCGGAGCUCAAGACGAGAGUCACAGUGCUCACGGCCCAGUACCAGUCCCGACUCAACAGCUACGGCCAGCCUGUGGAAGACCACAGCGCCACCUUGCUGCAGAUCGUUACCAAGUUUGCCACUGACUACUGCAACACCAUCGAAGGCACUGCCAGGCACAUCCAGACCUCUGAAUUGUGUGGAGGAGCUCGUAUCUGUUACAUAUUCCAUGAGACGUUUGGAAGAACCCUGCAGUCUAUUGACCCACUUGGAGGACUCACUGAGCUAGACGUUCUCACAGCUAUUCGAAACGCUACGGGUCCUCGGCCGGCGCUGUUUGUUCCUGAGGUCAGUUUUGAGCUGCUGGUGAAGAAACAGAUCAAGAGACUGGAGGAGCCCAGCCUGCGCUGUGUGGAGCUCGUACACGAGGAACUUCAGAGAAUCAUCCAGCACUGCUCUGCCUACAGCACACAGGAGCUUUUGCGGUUUCCCAAACUGCAUGACUCAAUAGUGGAGGUGGUUACCAGCUUACUCAGGAAACGCCUGCCCAUUACCAAUGAGAUGGUUCAUAAUCUAGUUGCAAUUGAGUUGGCCUAUAUAAACACCAAACAUCCUGAUUUCACAGACGCUGCCCAAGUGUCUGCAUCUGUCAACAGCCAGCAGGCGGAGGCUGGGGAUGGAGGUAAGAGAUGGAAGAACGAGAAGAUGCCGUCGGAGGAGAAAGGCCCCGUGCCAGGGUUUGGGAGUCCCAAUAAAGCCGUCAACCUGCUGGACACGGCCGUGCCAGUGUCCCGCAAGCUGAGCACUCGAGAGCAGAGGGACUGUGAGGUCAUCCAGCGGCUCAUCAAGUGCUACUUCCUGAUCGUGCGCAAGAGCAUCCAGGACAGUGUGCCAAAGACGGUAAUGCACUUCCUGGUGAAUUUUGUGAAAGAGCAUUUGCAGAGUGAGCUGGUCGGUCAGCUCUACAAACAGCGUCUGCUGCAGGAGCUGCUCAUCGAGUCUCAGGAAACGGCUCAGCAGCGCACGGAGGUUGCACAGAUGCUGGAGGCGCUCAAGAAAGCCAGUAACAUUAUCUCAGAGAUCCGGGAGACUCAUCUUUGGUAGCCAAACGUUCUCAUUAACAUUCUGUCCAGGAAAGUGUUUACAUGUUUGUGUGUGCUUGUAUGUGUGAGUGUGUGACAUAAGUCAAAUACACCAUCUGAAGAAAUUCAAUGCCUCUGCCAGCAUGAACAUUCAACAAAAUGUGUACAGUUUUCCAAAUGCUCCUUAUUUCUACUGUAUAUGCACUGAUUCCAUGUUUGACAGAGGUCAAAAGUGUGUGUGCGUGCGUGCGUGCGUGCGUGCAUGUGUGUGUGUG